AUGUCAGCCGAGCCUGUGAUAUCUACUGGAGAUGUGGAGCGCAUGCUACACGCAACGUGCGUCAGGGGCGUCGAUAAAUCUGGACCCGCACCUGCACCCCUUCAGGAGAGGACGUUCGACUUCAGGAUCCUCGUCGAACCUCCUCUUCUAUCAGCCACCAUCACAGAUCUUUGCAACGAGCCUCUUUUCUUUUCUGGAUACCUAUCAGAAGAAGAACCAAUGUCUUCCGACGACUCUAGUCUUUCAUCAAUGUCUAUCAGCACUGUCGCCGACGAGUUUCUCGACGAAUUCGAAACAAACUUUCCGGAACUAUUGGCCGAAGACUGCACCUUUGUCGAGCAAGCUCAAUGCAACCAGGCUGAGGUCGUGACUCUCGUCUCGCCGGGCAAGGCCAAGAUGGUUCGCGUCUCUAGAGUCGACUCGAGUGCCUCGUCGUCACCUAUCAUCAAGAGGCCAACAACCUCAUCAAGUCUGAAGCCUACCAACAGCUCAUCACGUCUGAGCAUCAUAUCAAUCCGGGCACACAGCCAUGACGGAUCUGUACCUUCUCCCAGGGUGGCAUCUCCCAAGAUGCCUUCAACACCAGAACUCGAACCCGGAUCUCAAACGCCUGAAUCUAGCCACGGCCCCUCGACUCCAGGUUCUCCAGCCUCUGCCUACUUCGACGCUCUCACUAGCCCAACAUAUGUGAUUCCAUGCCCACCUAAGCAUCGCAUGUCUCGGAAUGGUUACCAUCUCAAGCUCCCAAGCAUGAGCAGACAGCGCCCUGGCUCCUCGCAAUCCAUGGUGACAGCUCCGCUCUCUGCCCCACUUGCAGCGCCAUCUUCGUUCUUGAAGCCGAAGAUGACACCCCGCGGCGCUGCCGAAAGAUUGAUGCCCCGCGGUGCUGGCGAAAGAAUGGCAUCUCUGGAUCUGCCACCCUACCCUCGCGACUUCAUCCAACAACCUCCUCAGAGCCGAUGGACCAUUCGCAAGGACUCCUUCAGUUCAUUGUCUUCAAAAGAGAUGCCCAGAUUCAGGCUCAAGCGGGCCGAGAGCGGUAUCCUGCCGACCUGGCAAUGA